UUUUAUAAUUUUUUAAUAAACCUGUUUAUUGAAAGUAUAUCUCGGGGAAGGGGCGGCAGGCGCCAUGUCCGGCCGCGAAGGUGGCAAGAAGAAGCCACUGAAACAGCCUAAGAAGCAGGCCAAGGAGAUGGACGAGGAAGAUAAGGCUUUCAAGCAGAAACAAAAAGAGGAGCAGAAGAAACUCGAGGAGCUAAAAGCGAAGGCCGCAGGAAAGGGGCCCUUGGCCACAGGUGGAAUUAAGAAAUCUGGCAAAAAGUAAGCUGUUCCUUGUACCUGAGGAGAUGGUGACCCUUUAUUUCAUCCUUAUUUAAACGUCUAUAUUCCCUGCCGUAACAUCUUUUGCCAUCUAAAGCUGGAAUUAAGUGUUGUCUUGGAGCUGUUGUGCAUUUAAGAAAAAACUUUUGUAAAAAAAAAAAAAAAAAAAAA